AGGGAUACCCCUGGAGGAAUCAGGUGCUCUUUGUCACCGGGGUAACCGUGUCUCCAUGGACAUGGGUAAGUCACCCAUCGUCCUUUCUGUGCCAACUCAGGAUGAUCAGUUUGACGUCGAAGGGCUUCGAAUGAAAAGCUGAAGACAGAACUGAACACAGCUGUAGUCACAGCUGCAGUGCUUCUCUUUCUGUGCCUGAGUGAACUGGUUGCCAACAAACAUUAAGGAUGACUGACCAGAACACAGACAUGCACUGCGUCCAGUCAGGGAGUACAUUUGCUUUGGGCGGCUCAAAUACUGACUACAGACAGUACCUGCGCAGUGUAUUUGGGGAGAGCACUGCUGAGUACUUCUUAAACCCCUCUUCACUGCUCAUAAACAAUCCUGCCUGGUACACACAGAUGAAAGACAGCAUGAAAGAUAACGUAAGUGCAGAGGCAUUGUGGGCCGCACUGAGGCAGCACUCUGCUCAGAUACUGAAGAAAAUGGAGGCCAAACCCUCUCAGGCUGAGAAGCUGUCAGCUGAUUGGGAGGGGCUAAUGAGACAGGACCACCUGCUGCAUCUAUCAGGAAUCAGGCUGAUGUUCCGCUUGGCCCAGCGUAACCAGGCCUACACUGCCCUCCUCCUGCAACACAGGCCUCUGUCUCUACUCUGUGACCCAGACAUGACUGAGGGACCCAGGCAAUAUCUCCCAGAGAAGAACAUGGACUGACAGAACAGUAUAGAUCUCACACAGCAGCGCUAAAAGCCUGGUUCAUGUAUGAAUUAUAAAUAGUAGGCUGUGAUUUGCACAGUAAAAAUAGUACUUAUGAAAUAUUAUUUGCUAAUAGAUGCACAGAUGUUUGGAUGCUUCCACCCUACUGUUUUUCACCUUAGUAAGCUUCAGAAAAUUCAGAAAGCACACUAUUAAAAAUGUCAGGAACAUUUUAGCUUGUUCCUUUAAAAGAACCCCUUUAAAUGUCAAGAGGCUUGCCACUCAAUAAGCAAGUUGUAAGUUGUAUUAAAAUAGUCACAAACACCCAUGAAGGGCUCAGCGUACCCUAAUAAGAGUGAAUCAUCUGUUCUUACACCAACAACAGCUUAGCCUUGACAGCACAUGUGCUAGCACUUCACUUCCACAAGGGGGCAGUAGGUUGUUGAUUAGGUGAGUAAGAGCCAUUCAUUUAAUUUUUCUCACUUAUUUGAACUCUAUUGUUAACUCUAUUUGUCACCACAUAGACUUAUAAUUCAUGGUACUAUCAUUAACUCUUCACACGCCAAUAACUCUUUCCUGGCCAGUCAGAGUUUAUUACAGCUUUAGGGCUCUCCCAUUAUGUAAAAAUGGAUUCAGAAAACAGGUGUCGGGUAUCAAAGAAAGCAAUGUGAUCCUAAUCCUGUUCUCUACUAAUCUGUAGUGUUUAUAGUGCAGUUUUUCACCACUGUUGGAAUGCUUUCCUCAGUUUAUUUUGGCAGGUUUAAAUUCUGCGGAAAGAUAAAGUCAUUUUGAAUAUAAUUCAUUAUGAUCUAAUUUUUCAUUAUGAUCUAACUCUGCUAAAAACUAAUUUUCAGAAAAUGUAUUUUUAUACAACAGGCCUCUUUUUUCAUGGACUAUUUUCAUAGAUUAAAUAGAAAUGUCUUAGCCCCUUACCACGCCAUGGGCCUGCCAACAGGCCCAAAGAUUUAUAACGCUUCUAUAACCUAAGAAAAGCUCCAUUAGUCUGCAUUGAAGUCCCUGUAGUUAAUGAAUAAUAAGCCUUAGUAUGUAAUAAGCCUGGAAUGUUAAGGGGUUAAUUUGCUUUCAACAAUAUUAAACUUUCCAUUAGUAUUUUCAAGUUCUGAUGCACAGCAGAAUCAGCCAUUUCUAUGCUCCAAAUAUGCGAUCGGCAAUCAACCAAUUUAUUAUUAAUGAUAUUGACUGAUCUGUGUUGCAAUUUUAUGAUGUAAAGAAUGUGAGGCAGAUAAAAGCACUUGUGCUGUAUUUGAAUGCAGCUUCUACACCUGUAACAACAUGUCUUAGCAUAAUUAUGCAGUCACCUCAUACUUUUAGUUAUGUU